AUGAAAAACACUUCCAAAUCAUCCAACGCCACGUUACAAACAAAAUCAUGUUCCAUCUCCGGCACACUCAUUCGCACCGUUCCGCUCGCCUCCGUCUGCUACAAGUCCGAGCCAAACUACAACGAAGACUCCUGCAAUAUCGUUCUUUCCAACUGGACAACCUGGGACCUCCAUUCCUCGGAUCCAGCCAGUGUGCCCUCUUCUCCUUCCCUGAAAGGUUGCGAGCCGAUCUACUCCAACGGAACCGGCAUCAACGGGGAUCCUGAUGCCGGUACCAAAGGCUGCUCUUCGGGUUCUCUGCCUCCUUAUGUCGUCAAUACAACUGACUCUGGCGACAUUCAGAGGGCACUUGCAUUCGCGAAAGAUCGUAACCUCAGGCUGGCUAUCAAGAACACGGGGCACAAUGGCUCUGGCAGAAACCUGGGAUUCGGAAGCUUGUCGCAAGUUCUCUCCUUCUGCCUAUUCUUCACCUACACAGCAUUGCUCAUACAAUCUCAACAGGAUAUGGACGCACAAUAUGAGCAGACUCAAUUUCAUGAGCAAUUCAAGUCUCUCUCCUGCCCCGCAAACUCUACGUGGAAAGGUAGCCAAAUGGCCAUCACCAUUGGAGCCGGUGUCCAAGACGGCGAGCUUUACGAUUUUGCGCAGAAGCACAACGUAAUGGCCGCAGGCGGCACGAACAUGGACGUCGGUGUUGUCGGGUGGGCUACCGGAGGAGGGCACGGCCACCUGACUGGAGAAUAUGGCAUGGGCGCAGACAGCAUUCUCGAAGCCUCAGUCGUUACCCCCAACGGUGAUCUAGUCACAGUCAACGCGUGCCAGAAUGAGGACAUUUACUGGGCGAUUCGUGGAGGUGGAGGUGGUACCUUCGGCAUCAUCGUCAACAUGACAGUCAAGGCGUAUCCUUUGCCAGACAUGAUUUUGCUUGGUCUCAAUGUGUCCGCUAACAACGGUACAUCAACUAAGAGAUGGUGGAAGUUCGUCGCAAAGCUGCACACUUUGCUCCCUGCACUUCAAGAUCAAGGAACCAAAGGUUACUAUACCAUCGCAGGGCCCCCUUCUAGCGCGACAGUUGGCAUGUCCGGCUCACUCUUUGCCUGGAAUAUGUCAAACGACACUGUUGCGAAGGCAGUCGCUCCUAUUCGAUAA